UUUUACAUUCUGUUAAGAUGAGUGACCCAGCGGCUGCACGUAUUUUGUCGUUCAAGAAUGCAGGGAAAAGCGCAGAUGUAAAUAAGACUAAGUGUAACCUUACCUUUUACUGUAGGAAAUGCGACGCCGUCGCCAAGAAGGCCAAGUGGAGCUUCGGAAGACCAAACGCGAAGAGACGCUGCAGAAGAAAAGAAAUAUCCCAGGUUUAGUUAGUGAACCACCAGCAGCUGGUGAUCCAGUUGAAGCGGAAGUUGAAACGACAGGGAAGUCCACUUUGUUGAACCUAGAAGCCAUCGUGGCAAAUGCUUCAAAUGAGGAUCCUGCUGUCAGGCUUCUUGUCGUACAGUCUGCUCGGAAGCUUCUUUCUAGCGAUCGAAACCCACCAAUCGAUGAGCUUAUUAACGCCGGUAUGCUGUCGAAAUUGGUAUCAUGUCUAACCAGUGAAGAUCCUAACCUCCAAUUCGAAGCUGCAUGGGCUCUGACAAAUAUCGCAUCUGGUACAUCUUCCCAGACUCUGGCUGUCGUUCAUGCAGGAGCCGUCCCACUGUUUCUCAAGUUGCUGUCUUCUUCGCAUCCUAAUGUCUGCGAACAAGCUGUUUGGGCACUGGGCAACAUUAUCGGAGAUGGUCCUGGUUUGCGUGAUUAUGUUAUCCAAUUGGACGUAAUAAAACCUUUACUAAAGCUGUUAACGCCAAACAUACCGUUAAACUUCCUUCGCAAUGUCACUUGGGUCAUGGUCAACUUGUGUCGCAAUAAGGAUCCACCUCCACCUGCUUCAGCUAUAAGGGAGUUGCUCCCAGCCUUAUUAUACCUAAUAAAACACACUGAUGACAGUAUUUUAGUCGAUACUGUUUGGGCUAUAUCUUAUUUGACUGAUGGAGGAAGUGAUCAGAUAGAAAUGGUUAUAAAUGCGGAGAUCGUACCCCAUCUAGUCCCAUUACUGUCACACUCGAGCUUCAAGGUGCAAACUGCAGCGCUGCGUGCUGUCGGCAAUAUAGUUACAGGUUCAGAUCAGCAAACACAAGUUGUUCUGGAUUGUGGAGCUCUGAGUCACUUUCCAGCCUUGUUGACUCAUCCCAGAGACAAAAUAAAUAAGGAAGCUGUUUGGUUUUUGUCCAAUAUAACUGCAGGAAAUCAAAGUCAAGUACAAGCUGUGAUCGACCACGGUCUAGUUCCGUUGAUUAUUCAUCACCUAGCUGAAAGUGAAUUUUUAACACAGAAAGAAGCUGCAUGGGCUAUUUCCAAUCUGACAAUCAAUGGAGAUGCAGAACAGGUGAGGUACGUCAUUGAUCAACGUGUUAUUCCUCCAUUGUGUAAAAUGUUGAGUACACGAGAUGUACAGGUGGUUCAAGUCGUCUUGGAUGGGAUCUCAAACAUACUGGCAGCAGCUGGUGAUAAUUUAGAACAAGUGACAACUGCUAUCGAAGAGUGUGGUGGUUUGGAUCUUAUUGAAGCCCUUCAAGAACACCAAAACACAGAUAUUUAUCGUUUGGCUUACGACAUCAUCGAACGCUAUUUUAAUGAAGGGAUGAUUGAAGAUCCCAGUACAGCAUCGGUGGUUGCUGAAGAUGAACACCUGGGUGGUUUUACUAUGGUACCUCAAGUUCCAACUACUUUCCAGUUUGAUACUGAUCAGUGUAACUCUGAUGCAACCGGAGGAUUUGAUUUUUAGUUGCUGUCAUUUGUUACUAUACAACAAACAAUAGUUUGGAAAAAUAAAACAAAUUACACCUAGGUUACUUCCUUCGUACUAUAAUCACAUCAACAUGUACCACAAUUAAUAUUUUUACUUCUGUCUUAUCAUUCGUAGUUACCUUAUACUGGACAUUAACUAUGGCUCAAAUUACUAUUUUGAUAUGCUCCGACCUUCAACAGAAUUCCGCUUGUUUUAUUACUUCAUAUGGCUUUAUUCUCCUCUCAAUGCAAAUUAAAUUAUUCGCAAAAGGUCUCUUACACUCAUAUUUUCAUAAAUCCUUAUCUUUGGUAGUCUCUCAGCUAUCCUAGUUGAUUGGUUGACACCGAUAAAACAACCGCCCCUCUCUAUUUUGCAUUUACUGAAAGCCGUUCAUGCGGUUGUGGUUCUACUAUUUCAUUCCUUCGAGUUAUCUCAUCUGUUAAGAACGUAAUCUUUACACUCCGUCGAAUCACCAGUUUUAACGUUUCUCUCAGUUUAAACACCUCAAAUUUUGCUCCAAGGUUUCUCCCCGUCUGUCGCGUUGCUAAUUCUUAAGAAGUUUCCUUAGAUCCAUUUUUGUAUGUCUGUAUAAAGCUUUAUGAUUGCCUUGGCUGUUUGCCUAUUCCUAUUUGUUAAUUUAUUUGUUUAUGAGUGUUUGAUUUUAUCUCAUCUACUUUUUUGUUCGCGCUAGCAUGUCUUCCUAGUUUUUUUCAUUUUGGGUCAGCUCAGUACCAUAUAACCUGGUGAUUUGGGCUGACCUUCCAGUCAAUUUUGCCUUCAGUCUUAUUUUCGUCAAUCAGAUUUCCGAUUUUUCCUGGUGUGAUUGUAUAACUUAUUAUUUUGCCUUUGUCUUUCGGUACUCCAGUAUCUAUUUGCCUUUUCUGUGGACUUUUGUUUGUUGAACCACUUUCUUUAGGUCUUCCGCGUCGUUGAUUUUUGAGUUUCUGAAUUUUCAUGGCAUGUCUGUGAUCUUAAAAAAUGCGCAGUGUUUGGUUUCUCUCUACUCUCAAUUUUAAUCACUCUAGUAAUCUCUUAGUCUAGUGAAUUCAUUUUUGGGGUUUCUACCUUGUCUUUCUUACUUCCCUCACCUUUAGAUCUCUUUGUACGUCCAACGAAAUGGUUAUUUCCUCUUUCAAACUGCUGCCUCUCCCUUUGUAUAUACCUUCUAUUUUGUCCCCAAGCCUCAUAAAUCAACUUUCACAACCUUACUUCAUUCCCCUCUUUAUUGGGCGGUUGUGCUUCAGUUUCCACCAUCUGAUUCUUCAGUCCUACUUCUAUUUUCCUUUUGUGGUGCCCAUCUAAGUUAUUGACAUUUUUCCUCAUCAAAAUUUCUUGUUUGUCCAUCAGUCAAUGCAUAGACAACCGCAUCUACACCUCUUUAUGGAUUUGAUGUUUAUUGUUUAAGUUCAUUGUCAGUGGCUUGGGAAUCUAUCGAGAUUACAAAUUAUUCGAUGAUGUUUGCUUUCUGUUCUGUUGAAUAAUUGAUUCAUGAAUACACGUGUGGACUUGUAAACUGCCCUUUAAGAUUUUAUCUAAUGCGUUAUUAGACCAUUGUUAUGGCUUUUGAUUACAUUGCUCAUUUAUCCUUGUUUUGGUUCAGUCACAGUUUACCUACAUCUUUGGUAAGGUCAGUCAUUUGUUUUAGGUUUUUGGCAGACGUUGAAUUUAGCUGGGUGACGUUAUUCACAGUAAAUUUUGUAGUUUCUCCAAAAUCGAGUGACAAUUUUAUCUGGAUCACCCCUAUUUUCUGAAAUUGCUUGCUUUUCCUCUUAUUGUGCACCUAACAUAGUAUGGUUUUCUCUCCUUGGUUAAUUCUCUGGAGUUUUAUAAAUUUAUUAAAUGCUUGUCCAAAUUACUAGCUUUGUCACCUAUCUAAAGAAGCGAAGUAUAACUUUCACCUCGCAGUGACUAGGGUCCUUCGUGAUGGAGUUUUCUGGAGUGCAUGCCUCCAGAGCUACUUAUUGCAUGUGGGAGGCGAUAAGCUUUCAUCGUCAUGCAUCCUUUCUGAUUUUCAAUUACGGUAAGAUAGUGUUUCCGCAGUAGAAUUUUAUCCUCAGAUUUUGUGCUGACACUGGCAUAAUCAUCCAUUCAGUAUUACCUGUCACAGUACCUAUUCAAGGUCCGAUUACGACCUGAAAAAAGUAUCUGCCCACCUGAAUAGGUUCGGAGCACAAUGCAAGGAAACCUCUGUUUUGAAUUGAAGAUAAAAACAUCAUAUGCAUAACCAGAGGGUUCAAUCAAGCUUUUGGCUCGAGUUCUUGAGCAGCUUGGUCCCUAUAUAUUUGGU